CAGAACAUGCCGUCCCAUAGAAUUCCCACACAGAUCAUCAAGGUCCCGGUCCCGAGCAGACAUCACAAGGAAUUCAUGUGCGGACAAACGAAAAGAAUGCGUGGGCUGCCCGUCCCGUAACUUUCCUUCCAGGACAGGAAACGGACACACGAAACCCCAUCAAAAGGUGGCGCGAUAUUGCGCGCCGUUUGAAGCGACACUGCACGGCGUGAUGUGAAACUAUGGUUUGUUUUAAUAAUUAUCGCAAGGCUAGGUGGCAUGUAAGAGUGCGCGUUAUCGAAUGUAUUUUUUACUGCAAUGCUAAAAUAAAUAAAAAUACUCUCAGCAGCACACGUUCAGAAAUUUUUUAAUGAAGUACGAAGCGGAGGAUUUAUAUCCUCGAGUGUUUCGGUCACGUGACCCCGUUUUGUGAAUGUGGGAACCAAGGCGGGAAUUGCGUGCCAUUGUUCGAAGUCGUUGCUGUUUUUCUUGUGUUUCCAUCGGAUGACGAACGUGAAUUUGCAACACCACAUCGUUAACGAGCAUCGGCUGAAGUGAAGUACGACCUUCGACCUUGUUGUAGUGACGACGUAAUCCGAUUUCGUGCUGUGCAUUUUCCGGCCCUGUUUGAGGGGAGGUAGAGGCAUACCGCCAAGCAUGGCGCCCAACAGAACGGAUGCAGCAAGUCGAUCAGAGCGGCGAAAAACUAUCACCAACGUCAAACAGAAAGUGGUGAAGAGGAGGCCUACAUCCACUGUUGCGCAAAAAGACAGGGGUAGAAGGAAGGAGAAGACAUCUUUAAAUGAAGAAGCCUGUGAACAGUCACAGUCCUGUUCCCAGAAAGAGGGACCACUUCAGGAGGAGAAUGAAGCACUUACUGGUGACGAGUACAGCAGGUCACCACUUCCAUUCCCACCCACACCACCACCCAUGACGUCAAGUCACCCUCCUGGAGGUGCACAAUGUUUCAUGUUGCAAGCUGCCGAGCACCGACCGGACCUUCCUGCCCAUCCCCAACAUUAUCACCAAGGCUUGCCACACAGUGCCCAGAACAUGGUACAUCUAAGUCUUCCGUCAAGUGAUCAUGACGUACUGACACAUCAAGCUCACCUGCAGGGUCGACCAGCAUUUGUCACAACCUACUCAGAGGCACAAAAGCAGUUUUACCCAACAGCAGUACCACAUGACGAACAGGUCCAGCACGGUCUGUCCAGUGUGCAGUACUUCCGCCCAGGUAUGUAUCGACCUGAUGACCGAGGACGGCUACACUCAUCUGCACCGAGUGCCAAUUUUCACCGGCCUGGUUCAUCUCAGUCGUAUGAGGGGUCUCGGCCUCAGCCUCAGAGCUACUCCCCUGGCAUGCAGACGGAAAAUUACCACACAGGGGACAUCAGAAGUACUUCCACGUCCACAACGCCGUCUUCGUUUCACACUGGCAGAGAUGCACAAGAUGACGAGCCUGCGCCAAGGCACUGCUUCAUUACAGAUGACCUUGUGGGUGCGAGGCGGAAAGAGCAUAGCCAGCAGCGUAAAGCUACAAGUGGUGGUCAAGAUUUCCAGCGUGAGAUACUUCGUAUCCUGCAUAUCAUCAGGUUAACAGUGGAACACCACACAAAACAGUUGGAGAGCAUAGCCCAGCGUUCAGCUGUAGAGGAGGAAGAAACUCCUGUUCUCGUGAAGCCUUGUACCUCACCUGAUGAGCUUGUUGAAUUUGACAACGUGCUUGCAGCAUCAUCGGACGCCAGGAGCAAACUUAAGAGGCUCCUGCAGAGCCUCGGAGGCACAAACGCUAAAGACGCAGCCAGGAGGAUGAUGUCCACGUUGAUGACCGAUGCUGUUGCAGCACAGUUUACUUGGGAAGGGAAAAACGAUAAGCAGAGGUUAUGUGAUCUGAACUGCACGAACAUUAUUUUAAGCUGCUUCACUGGACACACCAAACACAAUCGUGCUCAAGGCACGAAACGUGAGGCGGAAGAGGCGAUAAGGUCGUGGCUCAGGCAUGCAUCCGAAAGACUUUCACGUUCUAGUGCAUCAAGAACACCAUGUGAGGAAGACUGAAGUUGGAACUGUGGAAUGUGUGUGGAUCGGGAUGUGAUGUGAUCUGACUUCGAGGAAAGACUGUCUAACUGGGUCACCCUGACAUUUCAAGCCUCCGGUAAAACGUGAUGGACAGUUGCACAUCAUCCUUUUUUUUUUCCUUUCAUUGUUCACAAAGUUCAGUGCACCUAUACCGGUCAGUGUAACUGUUAGUUUUUGAGUAUUUUCACGCAGGUUAGUCGUGGAGUGUGGGCUGGAGCUCCUUUUUGUGUGAUGGUUUUCAAAGCAGAUGUAAUUCAGGUUCCACACUUGCCGAGGUGACAAGUUAUAUUUUUUGGUUUAGGAUGACAGCGUUGCGUCCAAUUAUCAUAUAUUUACUCUGU